AUGUUGGGUUGGUGGGAUAUCCAAACUGCUAUUCCAGGAUCUGUGGAGUGUUUACUGCUGUGGUGGGCAGGGGAGAAGUUAAAGAAGAAAGAAAAGAAGAUCUGGAGGGUGAUUCCAUUGGCUGUGAUGUGGUCUGUGUGGAAGUGCAGAAAUGAGUGUGUAUUCAGAAAAACUAUUCCAAAUGUGGAGGACCUUUGUGACUUAAUUAAAUAUAGGAUUGCAUUUUGGUUAAAGCCAGCUUUCAGUGAGUUUAAUUUUUCAGUUCAGGAUUUUGUGCUUAAUCUGAGGCAAGUGAGGAAGUGCUUGGUUCAUGGGAAGCAAUCAAAUAGUGCAGGUGCUAACAUUGCAUACAACAUGGUCAUGAGAGCAGGUUCAGAGAAAUUAGAUGGUCUCAAUGUUAAUGGAAUUGCUCUAAUCCACCCAUAUUUUUGGGGAAGCAAACCAAUUGGAACUCAUGAAUCCAGCGAUGCUACUUCGAGAUUAGAAGCAGACAAUAUUUGGUUGAUUAAUUCACGAAAUGCAUUUGGAUUGGAUGAUCCAAGACUUAACCCACUUGUGGAUCCAAAGUUGUCCACCCUUGGAUGUAGCAAGGUUCUAGUUUUAAUAGCUGAGCAAGAUAUAUACAGAGAUAGGGGUUUCUAUUACUAUGAGGCAUUGCGUACAAAUGGUUGGAAAGGAAAUGUGGAAAUUAUGGAGACUCCAGGGACUCAUGUCUUUCAAUUGAACUUUCCAGAUUCAAAAUAUGCUCAAGAAAUGCUUGAACGAAUAUCUUCUUUUGUGAACAAACCCUAG